AUGAAUUUUCAGCAAAGCAGAUGCCGUAAACUAAAAAACAAGUCAGAAGCGAAUGAUGAAGAAAGUCCAAAUUUGUUCUUGUCCGACUUCGAUGCCAUAAAAUUGAGGUUGAAUCAACUGAAUGGUAAUACCGUCGGACGUGAAAAAUCAAGAUUUAAGUUGAAGUGUGUUACUAUAGAUACAAUUCAAUUACAAUCUUAA